AGUACUGUUGUUAGCCUGCUAUGCUAACAUCCAACAGAACAUGAUGCUACUCGGCUAAAUGCUUUCGGAUCAAGUCUUCUACUACACACGUGGUUUUGUUGCGUUUAUAACAAUUGUCGGCAGAAGUAAAGCAAGUCGCCAUCUUCCGUAUUCGGUCUUCGCUGCGUUCUCGGAGAAGUUAGUUGGCUAAAGCGUUUGAAUGGAAAUGUCUACAAUCCAGAGUUUAAGACAGUUUAUCAACGAGAGGUUACAAACUGCUGCUGAAGACAUAUUAGGAUGUUUUGAAGCGACUGUCGCAAAGUACGAGGAUGAGAUCGGUCGUCAGCGCAGACUGCUGGAUGUAACUUUGAAACCUGUAGUAAAGCUGCAGAGAAUAGAGCUCCCACAGCGACAUGUCUGUAUCAAGGAAGAGAUUCCUGCUGACCUGCUGGAGAGGAACCCCAGUCCAGACCAAGAGGAGCCAGAACCUCCACAGAUUAAGGAACAACAGGAGGAGCACUGCAUCGAGCUCCCAGAGCAACAUUUUCUGAAUGAGGAAGAGUUUCCUGCUGACCAGCAGCUCUGGAGCCUUGAGAGGAACCCCAGUCUGGACCAAGAGGAGCCAGAACCUCCACAGAUUAAAGAGGAGGAGGAGCUCUGCACCAGUCUGGAAGUAGAGCAGCUUGUACUGAAGCAGGAGGAUCAAGAUAACCUUUUGUUGAAUCCUACUUUCAAGGAAAGUGACCACAGUGAACCAGAACUAAGUGACCACCAGCUCCUCUCCCACAGCUCAGCUGAGAGCCAAGAUCUCAAAGGAGGCCAGCAUGGAAACUCAACAUCAGUUAGUAAUGCAGAGCAGGCAUCAGAAAAGGGACAUCAUGUCAUCACAAGAGCAAAAGAAAGCACAAGUCCCAGUAACCUUGCAUGUAGCACUACCAUGUCAAAGAUUGUGCCGAAUAUCUGCAAGAGUAAAAAGGUUUUCCAGUGUGACACUUGUGGAAAAGUCUUUAAGUGGAAGUCACGAUUAAAUGGACAUCUGAAGGUGCACACAGGUGAGAAACCAUAUGUUUGCAAAACCUGUGGAAAAGGAUUUUGUUCCAAGUCAGCACUAAAGAGACAUUUGAGAGUCCACACAGGGGAGAAACAGCAUUCUUGCGAAAUGUGUGAAAAAAGUUUCACAACUAGAAUGAGUCUGCAGGUCCAUGAGAGAACGCACACGGGCGAGAAACCUUUUUCUUGCAAAACUUGUGAGAGAAGUUUUACAACUAGAAGGAGUCUGCAGGUCCACGAGAGAACACACACGGGCGAGAAACCUUUUUCUUGUAAAACGUGUGGGAAAAGUUUUACAACUAGAACUAUCUUGAAGAUACACGAGAGAACACACACGGGCGAGAGACCUUUUUCUUGCAAAACUUGUGGGAAAAGUUUUUCAAUUAGAAAUAGCUUGACGAUACACGAGAUAACACACACAGGCGAGAGACCUUUUUCUUGCAAAACUUGUGGGAGAAGUUUUACGCGUGUAUAUUACCUGCAGGACCACGAGAGAACGCACAUGGGCAAGAAACCUUUUUCUUGCAAAACCUGUGAGAGAAGUUUUACAACUAGAAGGAGUCUGCAGGUCCACGAGAGAACACACACGGGCGAGAAACCUUUUUCUUGCAAAACGUGUGGGAAAAGUUUUACAACUAGAAAUAUCUUGAAGAUACACGAGAGAACACACACGGGCGAGAGACCUUUUUCUUGCAAAACUUGUGGGAAAAGUUUUUCAAUUAGAAAUAGCUUGACGAUACACGAAAGAACGCACACAGGCGAGAGACCUUUUUCUUGCAUAACUUGUGGGAGAAGUUUUACAACUAGAAGGAGUCUGCAGGUCCACGAGAGAACACACACGGGCGAGAAACCUUUUUCUUGCAAAACGUGUGGGAAAAGUUUUACAACUAGAAAUAUCUUGAAGAUACACGAGAGAAAACACACGGGCGAGAGACCUUUUUCUUGCAAAACUUGUGGGAAAAGUUUUUCAAUUAGAAAUAGCUUGAAGAUACACGAGAGAACACACACAGGCGAGAGACCUUUUUCUUGCAAAACUUGUGAGAGAAGUUUUAAUAACAGAAGUAACCUGCAUCACCAGAGAACGCACGAGAAACCUUUUUCUUGCAAAACUUGUGGGAGAAGUUUUACUGUAAAUUACCUGCAGGACCACGAGAGAACGCACACGGGCGAGAAACCUUUUUCUUGCAAAACUUGUGAGAGAAGUUUUACAACUAGAAUGAGUCUGCAGGUCCACGAGAGAACACACACGGGCGAGAAAGCUUUUUCUUGUAAAAGUUGUGGGGAAAGUUUUACGAGUGUAAAGACCCUUCAGGUCCACAAGAUAACACACACGGGCGAGAAACCUUUUUCUUGCAAAACUUGUGGGAAAAGUUUUACGCGUAUAAAUACCCUGCAUAUCCACGAGAGAACACACACGGGCGAGAAACCUUUUUCUUGCAAAACUUGUGGGAAAAGUUUUACGCGUAUAAAUACCCUACAUAUCCACAAGCGAAUGCACACGGGCGAGAAACCUUUUUCUUGCAAAACUUGUGGGAAAAGUUUUAGUGCGAGAAAUACCCUUAAGAGACACGAGAGAACGCACACGGACGAGAAACCUUAUUCUUGCAAAACUUGUGGGAAAAGUUUUAGUCUUAGAAGUUACCUUCAGGUCCACGAGAGAACGCACACUGGCGAGAAACCUUUUUCUUGCAAAACUUGUGGGAAAAGUUUUACGCUUUUAAAUACCCUGCAGGUCCACGAGAGAACGCACACGGGCGAGAAACCUUUUUCUUGCAAAACUUGUGGGAUAAGUUUUAGUGCGAGAAAUACCCUUAAGAGACACGAGAGAAAGCACACGGGCGAGAGACCUUUUUCUUGCAAAACUAGUGGGAAAAGUUUUACACCUGGAUGUAGUUUGAAAGUCCACCUGAGAAGCCGUAAAGGUGAGGAGUCGUAUCCCUGUACAACUUGUGGGGAAAGAUUUGUUAGCCAAUCCCUUCUAACAAAACAUAUGAGUACCCACACAUAGCAAAACUGAUAUUUUUAUAAAAUGUUGGAAAGAUCUCUGUCUUGCCAGUUUAUACAAAGUCCACAGGAGACUACAUUCAGUUGAGAAGCCACACCAUGGCAACACGAGAGGGAUACGAUUUGCUCAAGCGUUGUCAAAGAAGUUGUUACUUAGUUAUUGAUUCAUUAAUUAGUGAUACAACAGUUAGCGAAAACGACACUGGAAAUGUUUCCAGGGGACCAAAAAAGUGAUGAACCUAGUUGUAGUUCAAUGCUUUAUGAAGUUCUAUCACCACUGAUGAGGAGCAGACUUCAAUAACUUCACAAAGCAUUGAACUACAGCCAGGUUCUUCACUUACAUCUACACAAGAGAGAUUGUCUACAUUUGUAUUAGCUGCAUCUUUGUAACUGAAUGUGGAAAAUAUCCCAUUGAGGAAACAUCACAAUAUCUUUGAUGCAGUACAUGGUCAACAACAUUUGCUGAAGUACCCAUGUUUUGUUCUUCAUGUGACUGUCAUUGAUAUUUACAUCUGCAAAGGAAGUGAUGUUUUCACCCUUGUCUCUUUGUUUUUUCAUUUGUCAGCAAUUUAUACCAAAUGGUGCAGGAAGGGGACGGGGGUGAGAGAAAUUGAUUGGGUUAAAGUGGCAGAUCCAGGAUAUUUUAUUGUCACUGAAUGUUGAGAGAUGGUUGUCAAUGUGUCAGGAAAGACUGGAUCAUGAUUUAAAAAUCGGACAAAUUUGUGGUACAGAGAUUUAUAAGAACACAGAAUGUGGUGCAGAUUAUCAGAUGACUUCCCUUUUCUCUGUUUAUUACAAAAGAAGAAAAUCUCUUGUUAAUGUGUACACAGUCCUAAAUUACUCUCACUGUAAAUGGUUAUUCUUUUGUACUACAUGUAUUCAGUACUUCAGUGCAUGUGCAGUUUAUUAAAGUUUCUUGAAUUAU